CUCGCAACCCUCACCCUCUGCACCAGAGGCCCAGCACCAGGGCCCACGUUUCGCCCAUGUGACGAUGGAGAUUAGUCGCUGGGCCAGCAUUAUCUCCGCCCGUUAGCAUUCACUCCAAGCCCUUUGGCGCGCGAGAGACAUGGACGCUGCCGUCCUGUCACGGCUCAACUCGUCAUCGUCCCCUCACAUGGCGUCCCCUCACCCUUCCAAGCUUUGCGCACAGCAUCGCCUGGAAUUUUGGCCCUAGUCUUGCACCGCCUCCCCAACCAUGUUUGUGCCGCAUCGCAUCUUGCCAUGGCGCCUCCUGGCUUUGCCCGCGCAGGCGCGUAGUUUCUCUUCGACUUCGCGUCGUCUUGACAUCAGGCAUGUGUCCGAGCUUCCCUCGCGCACCAAGCCGUCAUACAUACAGUCAUCCAACACGCUGCUGAGCCUGCAAUGGCCCUCGCCGCCGCGCAACAUCCUCGUCACCAAGAAGAAGCGCACACCAAACAUCACCGAGUCUGUCAUUGAAUUCACAUCGCACAUACGCUCCACCUACCCAUCCAUCAACGUCAUCUUCGACCCUGAGACGGCCCAAGAGCUACACGAGCAGCUGUCGUUUCCCGUAUACACAUACACCCAGAGUCAGGGCGCACCACACGAUCUUUCGGAUAAAACCGACUUGGUCUGCACGCUUGGAGGCGACGGAACGCUGCUGAGGGCCAGUAGCUUGUUCAGCCAUGCCGAUAACGUACCUCCAGUCUUGAGCUUCGCCAUGGGCACCAUCGGCUUUUUGGGCGAGUUCAAGUUCAGGGAAUACAAGAGAGCAUUCCGGGAGGUGUAUAUGAGCGGUGCGCCGGACACGUACUCUACCCUGUCCGAUUCGCUAGGAACGAGUCCUCCUACUCCCCCAACAUCGCCAGACGAUCCUUUGGAUAAGCCACUAAGCUAUGCCGACAUACGCGGCAAGGCUAUGGGCAGCAACAGAACAGCGCGCAUCUUGCUGCGUAACCGACUGAAGGUCGGCGUCUUCGGGCCCGACGGGAAAAGGAUAGGCGGCAUCGAGGGCCAGGGCGACACGUACGCACUAAACGAGGUUACCCUCCACCGUGGCUCCAGCCCGCAUUUGAAGAUCAUCGACGUCUACAUCAACAAUCGCUUCCUUACCGAGGCCGUCGCCGACGGUAUGAUCAUCAGCUCGCCAACCGGAUCGACAGCAUAUUCGCUAUCUUCUGGAGGGAGCAUUGUGCACCCUCUCGUAUCAUCGAUAUGCCUUACGCCCAUCUGCCCUCGAUCGCUUUCCUUUAGACCACUGGUGCUCCCCGCUGAGACACCAAUCACGUUGCGCUUAGGCAAGAAGAACCGCGGUCGCGAAGUCGAGGUCAGCAUUGACGGGAAUACAAUCACCGAGAAACUGGGCACGGGUAUGGAAGUCCGAAUAGGCGGGGAGGUAGUCAAGCGAGACGCUCGAGGUUGGGAAGGUGGCGUACCCAGCAUCGUACGUGGUACGAGCGGCAAGGAAGACAUGGCUGAGGAUCAUUGGGUUGGUGGGUUGAACGCUCUCCUCAAGUUCAACUACCCAUUCGGUGAUCAGGAGUCUUAGACACUCUUCACUGUUCAUUACCAUGGCUAAGCAAGAGCCCCAGACCUUAGUCAAGUCCACCAUUAUGGCUUUACAAAUGGGUUGCUCCACCCAACACCCUAUGUUUUCCAUUUCGCUCUUAUAACGAAGAGUGUGGACCAUGAAAUCAUAACAACGGACAACUAGGCUUAUAGCGGCGCAUGUAUUCGAAAGUAACAAACCAGCUAUACUCACACUAGCUUGUGCU